AUUUGGGAUUGGUAUUCGUGAUAUGAAGAGACUGAAAUUUGCAUCUAGCUAUAUCCUUCUGAUCCUUAUGCUUAAUGGAUUAUCUGGCGCAAUUCGAUCUUUCGAUAGGCCGAUUGCGUUCCGCCAGAAUGAUGAAUAUUCAAUACCUGUACAAACCUGUCCUCCGAAACGUUAUAGCCGAAGGACCUAA